GAGAGAUUGGAGCCAGCCUCUCUUCAAUCUGUUUCUGCAGCAUCUCACGAGAUUUCAUUCACCAGGGUCUGGAGAGUAAUUGGCUCUGAGGCUCCUACAGGCUGAACUGCAGACCCGGAUGCUCCUCCUCCCUUUAUCGGCAUCUCUGGAUGGCUGGAAACGCAGGGCGAUGGAGAUGCAGUAUAAAGAGUGGAUCCUGGAGACUAUUGACUCUUUGCGGACCCGGAAGGCUCGGCCCGAUGUGGAGCGGAUCUGCCGAAUGAUCGAGCGCAAACACGGGCUGUCCCCGGCCGAGACCCAGCAGCAGCUGGAGAAGCUAGUGCGGGCCGAGCUGGUCAUCAAAGUGGCUUAUAAAGGCUCCAACAGCUACCGGAACGCGGCCAAAUGGUACAAAAACAAGCAGAGGAAGAAACCAGCCCCCGGCAGCCCCGAGGAUGCUGCUCCGGCCUCGGUGACCCCGGUAGCGGGCUCCAGGAGCAUCCUUCAGGCGGUCAGCGAGCUCCUCCUGCUACAGAAACGGAGCCAGAGGCGCCACCCACCGCAGCCGCAGCACCACAGCUGCCAGCAGCAACCCAACAGAUACUCCAGCCCCAGCCAGCCCCCAGGGCCUGGGCAGCAGCAGCAGCAGCAGGAGGAGGAGGAAGGGGCGCCAGACGAAGGCUGGAGGGGUGUCAGCCUCCGGGAUAUCGAGAAGCACUUGGCGGCUGGCCCCCCACACGCCCCCGGUGCGCGGAGGCUGGCUCGUGCCAGGCUGCAGUUGUCGCUCAAGCGGGAGCUGAGCAGGGGCCGGCUGCUGCAGACGGCGUCUGGGCACUACUUGCUGCCCCCGCCGCCACCACCGGGGCCUGGGCCGGGGCAGGUUACCGGGCGGAGGAGGAGGAAGGAGAAGCUGGAGAUGGACGGGGCACCAGGAGGAGGCACUGCACUCGCCCAUAAGGGAUACACGAGGACUCUGAAAGAGGAAGCAAUUGAAGCGAAUGCUUUGUUAAUUAACCCUCCGGCAGCUGCAGCCUCUCCUGACAGCGAGUGUAUGGAAGCAGAACUAAAGGAUAUCGAAGAAUGGAACAGUACUCCAGAUUUGGAGCAAGAUGUCUGUGAGACUGAGUCAUUGGAACCCACAUCCAAACAGAACAACUGCAAGAAUAAUAAAGCUCCAAACUACACACAUCCGACCGAAUCGUCGGUAUUCUUGAAUUGUGACACUUAUAAGAAGUCUCGUGACAUGAACAGUCAUACCCAGGAUGUGUCAGGACACUCCACAGAUCAAUGGUCGUAUGGAGAAUGUGUGUCUAGCUCCAGGGAAGAAACUGGACAAAGGAUGUUACUCAUUCGACUUGCCUCUCCUGAUCCUGCCCUGAAACAUGACACAGCCAAGGAGGAAGCUAUUCCUGAGCAGGGAGCAGCAGUUCCUGAAUUACGAGGAGCCUCCUGUCUCCCCACCCCCUCAGCGUCCCCUGUCGAGAUGGAGACUAUCGAAAGUGGCUCAACGAAAAGCCCGACAGAAAAUGGGAAGCUGCUUGAUCCUGCGGAAUGGACAAUUUUAGACGUUUUCAAUUAUUUCAAGAAAGCUGGCUUUGAAGACCAGGCUGUCGCCUUCCAGGAACAGGAGAUAGAUGGCAAAUCCUUACUCCUCAUGAAGAGAAGCGACGUUCUGACAGGCCUCUCAAUCAAGCUGGGCCCUGCACUCAAGAUUUACGAGUACCACGUGAAAGCGUUACAGUUACGCCAUCUGAAAAGCAGCUCCUUGUAGUGCUACAGGUGGUCUGUGAACUCUCGGGUACCUUUUGGGGGUGGGUUGGUGUGGGAGAGGGAGGGGGAGUGGGGUGUCGAAAUCCAGCUGCCAUUUCCUCACGGCUACCUCCUCCCCCAUUCCUCCUGAUGGUUGCAUGUAGGACAAUGUCCUCCUGUUUGUAAGUGUGGAUUGCAGACGCUCGGUGUCAUAGGAAAUUGUUUGAGUGCUUUUUGAGACCUCGGGCAGGGAGCACAACCUUCAAUGAGGCAACACGGCUGUGUGCAUCAACUCUGGGAGCUCUCUUCCAUCUGCUUCUGAGCUGUGGUGCUUUGACGUCACCAAUGAUUGACGUUGUGUUUACUCCGGUAAAGAUCGUGACCUGAGGGAACUCUCAAACCCUUGACCGGACGGCUGUGGGACUCCUGCAAUAAUUCAUUGCUUUUGACUGUGGAUUUUUUGCCCUGGGCACUUUUACAAGAGAGAUAAUGUCCACGUUUGUGAAAUCCUCCAUUUUAUAUUAACGUGUAGCCUUUAAGCGGGUGCAGGUGGAUGGCUGGAAGAGUUUACCUGGCUUUCCAGUUUUAGCGUUUGACUGACGCUCUUGUCAGUUUUAGUGCCGAAGGCUGUGUCUCGGAAUGUGGCUUUGGCUCUGUGCUGAAGGGUCCGCAGCUUCUGUGCAUCUUUUUAGCUGAUAAGAGUGAGGUUGCCCAACCCAAGGUGGAAGAUUUUUGGAUUUUGGUCUGACCUGUCUUUCCUCGCCUCAUGUUGAGCUUCAGAGGGUCAGUAACGAGGCACUCCCUUCCAGACGGAGUGGUGUUCGCUAGCUCUGUAAAGGUCCCACCCACCAACAGUUCAUGGAGGGAGCCAGGCCUCAAACCAAGUGGAGCACACAAGAGAUGUGAUUGUCAAACUCAUUGCCGGAUGGUCCGAUUGAUGGUUACAGAGAAGGAGGGAUGAAAAGGAGUUACUUUACAUUCAUGGAAAGUGUGUGUGGCUGGCAGGGCCAGCUUAAGACCAUAAAAUACACAAGCAGAAUGAGGCUGUUCAGCCCAUCGAGUCUGCUCCGCCAUUCAAUCAUAGCUGAUCUGUUUCUCAACCCCAUUCUCCUGCU